AUGGAUAAGUCAUGGAUAAAGAAACCACGUUUAUCUCAAGAUUACUUAUCAGGGGUUAAAAAUUUCUUGGAUUUUGCAUUUAGUAAAUCAACUGCAGCCACAAUGAAAUGUCCAUGUAACCGUUGUUCUCUAGCCAAAUUCAAGUCAAGAGAAGAUAUUGAAGGUGAUUUGAUAUGCUAUGGCUUUUUAAGUUCUUACACAAGUUGGGUGUUUCACGGAGAGAGAAUAUUUGUCACAGAAAAUGCAAGAGUACCUACUGAUGAUUUAGCUCAAGUUGAAAUGGAUUCAACUUUGAAUCUCUUGGAUGAUCUUUUCCCUGGUAUUAAUACUAAUAUGUAUGGUGAAAAUGCAUUUGGAUCUUGUGAGCAGCCUAUGGACACUGAUAGACCAUCAACUUCAAGUGGAAAUUUUAGAAAAGAAGAAAGUUUUGAUGAGUUGCUUGCUGAUUUUACCCAAGAGCUAUAUGAUGGAUGCACAAAAUUCACGAAGUUGUCUUUUAUAUUGAAGUUGUACCAUAUCAAGUGUAUGUGUGGGAUAAGUGACAAAGGCAUAUCUAUGGUGCUUGAUUUGCUGAAAGAAGCAUUUACACAUGCUAAGUUGCCAAAGUCAUUUAAUGACAUGAAGGGAGUUAUUCGUAAAUUAGGAUUGAGUUACGAGAAAAUUCAUGCAUGUCCAAAUGAUUGCAUGUUAUUUUGGGAGGCAGAUGCAGAAAGGGAGACUUGUAAAGUUUGUGAAGCUUCUCGUUGGAAACAAAAUAUUUCUGCCAAGAGUAAGGUUAGGCUAAGUACGGUAUCUGGAUCAGAGAAAAUAAAGAAGAAAACUCCAGCAAAAGGUACAAUAUCUGGAUCAGAGAAGAAAACAAAAAAAACUCCUGCAAAAAUUUUGCGUUAUUUUCCUCUAAAACCGAGACUACAACGCUUAUUCAUGUCAUCAAAAACUGCUACCCACAUGAGAUGGCAUGCAACUGCGUCUAAUAAUGAUGGCAAGCUUCGACAUCCAAGAGACGGAGAGGCUUGGAAAUCAUUUGAUCAAAAAUAUCCAGAAUUCGCAUCUGAUCCAAGAAAUGUCAGACUAGGCUUGGCGACUGACGGUUUUAACCCAUUUGGUACAAUGAGUAAUAGUUAUAGCAUAUGGCCAGUGAUAUUAUUUCCUUAUAAUUUGCCACCAUGGAUGUCAAUGAAGCAGACAUCAAUGAUCCUCUCUAUGGUUAUCCCUGGAAAGCAAAUGCCUGGUAAUGAUAUUGAUGUCUACUUACAGCCACUUAUCAAAGAAUUGAAGGAAUUAUGGUUUGAUGGGGUUAAAACAGUAGAUGCUUCCACAAAACAAACAUUUGACAUGCGAGCAGCCAUCAUGUGGACAAUUAGUGAUUUUCCUGGUCUUGGAAAUUUGUCGGGUUGGAAUAUAUAUACGACAUCAGCUUGUCCAAGCUGCAAUUUUGAUGGCACCGGCCAACGUUUACGCCAUGGCAAAAAAAAUUGUUUUCAGGGUCAUCGUCGCUUUCUUCCUCAAGAUCAUGAUUUUCGUCAAAAUAUAACUAAUUUUGACGGAUAUAUCGAAACCAGAUCACCACCAGUGACGUUAACAGGUUCUACAAUUGUUCAUCAACUAGAACAGGUUAAUGUUACUCUUGGUAAGAAGCAUGGUUUAGUUGGAGUUGGAGGAAAAAGAGAUCGAAGUCAUGUUGGAAGAUCUAGUACUCAACAAUGGAAGAAGAGAAGUAUAUUUUUUGUGUUGCCUUAUUGGGAAUUUAUUAUGUUGAGGCAUAAUUUGGAUGUCAUGCAUAUAGAGAAAAAUGUGUUUGACAAUUUACGCUACACAUUAUUGGACGACAAAGAAAAAUCAAAGGAUAAUUUGAGUGCUAGAAAAGAUCUUCGCGAGUUAGGUAUACGUUCUGACUUGUGGCCUGAUGAUAAUGGGAAGUAUCAAGCAGCAUGUUUUACUCUGGACAAUGAUGGAAAAGACACCUUUUUAAGUGUCUUACAGAAUGUAAAGUUUCCUGAUGGUUAUGCGUCUAACUUAUCAAGUUGUGUUGAUGUUAAAAGUCGAAAGCUAGUAGGCUUAAAAAGCCAUGACUGCCAUGUGAUAAUGAAAGAUUUGUUGUCAGUCGCCAUCCGGAAUCUACUGCCAACAGAUGUGACAUCAGCCAUUGUUGAGGUUUGUCAUUUUUUUAGAGAGAUAUCUGCAAAGGUCCUUGAUAUUGAGGAGCUUGACAAACUUCAAGACCGUAUUGUAGUGACUCUAUGUCGUCUGGAGAUGAUUUUUCCUCCAUCUUUUUUCACAGUGAUGGUACAUUUAGUAGUACAUCUCACAGAAGAAGCAAAAUUAGGUGGACCAAAUCCAUUUCGUUGGAUGUAUCCGGUUGAGAGGACUCUAGGACACUUCAAAUCAUAUGUUCGGAAUCGCGCUAAACCUGAAGGUUCUAUAUGUGAGCAAUAUUUAGCCGAUGAAUGUGUAACAUUUUGCUCAAUGUAUCUCAAAGAUAUAGAGACACGAUUUACAAGGAUUGGACGUGUUGAUGAUCGACCUAUAGUUGAGACUAGCAUAAGAACAAAUUCAGAACUUCCAGUUAUUUUUCCAACCCUUGGAAGGAAGUAUAAAAAUGACUUGUUAAGGAACCCAUCUCACCAUAGCAAAAAGAGUCGCGCUAUUGACAUUGAUCGAGAAAUGCAUCUUAAUUUUGCAAAAUGGUUCAAACAGAAAGUAGAGCUUGAUGAGUUAGAUGGAUUAACUGCAGAUUUACGAUGCUUAGCUUUGGGUCCAUCUGAAAAGGUUGUGAAGUAUACAGCUUACAAUGUCUACGGUUUCAAAUUCCGAGCAACAGAUAGAGAUGUUGAACUGAAAACCCAAAAUAAUGGUGUUUAUGUGGCUGCUGAGACAAUGAGUUAUGCUAGUUCUCGUGAUCCCAACCCAAGAACAGGAACUGUACCAUACUAUGGAGAGCUGGUUGAAGUUAUUGAAUUAAACUACUAUGAGGUUUUCAAAGUUGUAUUGUUUAAGUGCAAGUGGGCUGACACUCGUACGGAACGAGGAUACAAAAUAGACGCAUACGGUCAUCAUAUGGUAAACUUUUCACGCUUGUUACACAGUGGGGAUAAUGAAGAAGAUGAGCCAUAUGUGUUGGCGUCUGAAGCAAGAAUGGUAUAUUAUGUGAAAGAUCCUUUUGAGGUAGAAUUGAAUAUCGCAGUUCAUGUUCAGCCUAGAGACUUAUAUGAUAUGGGUGAUGUUGAUGAUGAUGAAUCUGAACUUUGA